ACCAAUUCGGAAAUAAUCUAAAACUGAGUGUCAACGGUUUUGUUUGGUCAACAAUAGGCCAACACAAGGAAUGUCGAAUAAGUAAUUGUUCUAGAAUCUAGGUCUUUCCCUGCAUAAACAUCUAGAUUUAGAUCUGCUAGUUAUAGUUCUAUGUGCUACACCGUUUUAACGGAUGAUUUGCAGGUGUGGCAUGAAAUAUCUAGUGGAGGAAAGUACAGAUUAUUUUAGUAUGAGUUGAAAAUGUUGCAAGGAAGAAAUACGCAGAUGGGCUACCCUGAAGAGAUCUUAUCCCUUCCCAUGUUCCAUGCAAACAUCCUUAGUAGAGAAGAGGCCAGGGACUACAUGUUGAGGCAUCAUGAGGGUGAAGGAUCUUAUUUUGUCCGACCCAACACAAAAAAUGACCCAACAUUUGUUAGUAUAACAACCAGUAUAUCAAACAGUGGCGAAUCUUGCCAUGCCAAAGUCUUCAUCCACAAGCACAAUGGCAUGCACUACUAUUACAUAUCAGAGAGACUUAAGUUCUCAACAUUCAAAGAUUUACUGAGUUACUAUGCUGAGCAUCGCAUCCACUGUAUUCAGAACAUUGACAAUAUACGACUGCGUAAACCACUGAACAAGAACUCAGAUUCCAGACAGCAGCGUUCAGGCAUGUCCCCAGCCUAUAGGGCAGAGCCUGACCAGGUUGGUUACAGAAGAGACCAGUUUAACACCUGGGAGAGGACACGAGGCAGAGACUCUGAAGAAAUGAGAGCAGCCCCAACUUCCAGAAGAAAUUAUUCCGUGCCUUCCUUCGGUGCGCAGAGCCACAACAGUGACAAAAGGCCAUCUCUAUCAGGCCAUCCAUCCCAGGCCAACGGACACCAUGGGAGCUCUAUCCAGAGAUCUGUUUCAGAGAACGACGGACGACCUUACAGUGCCCAAAAGUACGCCAAUGCCAAAUCUGUGCAGGAAAAUGCAAAGAUGAUGUUCAAGUGCAUGCCACCUGCUCCCCUUCCCAAGCUGGAGUCUGUGCCCUCAGACAAUGACUUCUACUACACACACAUUGAUGUGAACAAGAAUUUCUUUGAGGAGACCUACCAGUUUCUCAAGGAGAAUGAGCUGUGUGAGUGUGGUCUCCGGCUGAUUGACUCUGAGUUCCCCAAGGGAUGGACCAUCCACCGGAGUCAUGAGAAGUCCACGCUCAACCGAAUCUUCUUCCAGCACCGGGAGACAACCACGUGGGAGAUGCCGGAGGAAAUAGCCCCUUUGCUGACACCCCAGCAGAUCCAGUUUGUGCUCUACCUGUGUCAAGAUGGGAAAAGUCCUGUCCCCAAAACUUUAAGGAAACGUCUGGAUGCUGAAAUGAACAGGGUGAAGGAAAGACAGGUGUCAACACUCUCUCCCUCAAACUCUGCAUCCAGCUUUUCCCCAACUGUCAAUAAAGACAGAAAUGGUGUCAAGGUGUUGCCAAACAAAUACAUGGAUGAAGAUUUCCAUGAGCCUUCUCUCUCCAGAAAUGGGCUUUACGAAGCCCCUGAGGAAAUUGACCAGGCCUCUGGUACAUCCACUUCACAGAACAGGCUGAGACCCCUGAGCUUUGACUCCACACCAGCCCAGAUGAUCAACUUCAAGGCUGGAUCCCCAACACCUGAUUUCAUUGGCCCCCUGUCUUUUGAACAUUUGCAGCAGAGAAAAGAACGCAAGCAACACCAGUUAUUGGACCAGGAGCUACGGAACCUGGUCACUGAGGAAAUGUAAACAUGAGUUACAGAACCUGGUCACUGAGGAAAUGUAAACAUGAGUUACAGAACCUGGUCACUGAGGAAAUGUAAACAUGAGUUACAGAACCUGGUCACUGAGGAAAUGUAAACAUGAGUUACAGAACCUGGUCACUGAGGAAAUGUAAACAUGAGUUACAGAACCUGGUCACUGAGGAAAUGUAAACAUGAGUUACAGAACCUGUUCACUGAGGAAAUGUAAACAUAGUUACAGAACCUGGUCACUGAGGAAAUGUAAACAUGAGUUACAGAACCUGGUCACUGAGGAAAUGUAAACAUGAGUUACAGAACCUGGUCACUGAGGAAAUGUAAACAUGAGUUACAGAACCUGGUCACUGAGGAAAUGUAAACAUGAGUUACAGAACCUGGUCACUGAGGAAAUGUAAACAUGAGUUACAGAACCUGGUCACUGAGGAAAUGUAAACAUGAGUUACAGAACCUGGUCACUGAGGAAAUGUAAACAUGAGUUACAGAACCUGGUCACUGAGGAAAUGUAAACAGGAGUUACAGAACCUGUUCACUGAGGAAAUGUAAACAUAGUUACAGAACCUGGUCACUGAGGAAAUGUAAACAUGAGUUACAGAACCUGGUCACUGAGGAAAUGUAAACAUGAGUUACAGAACCUGGUCACUGAGGAAAUGUAAACAUGAGUUACAGAACCUGGUCACUGAGGAAAAGGUAAACCACCCAGUAGCAUAGAUACUAAUUUAAUCUAUCACAACUAUAAAUACUGUGCCAUUAAUGUAUUGUAUUGAACUCUGGCUAAUAUUCUGCUUUCUUGAACUAACGUAAGGGCAGGUUCUCAGCAGCAUCACUGAUUACCUCCCCUUAGGUCAGAUCAAGAAAGCCUGUUAAGCAACCCAAGUUUUUCCCUUAUAAAACAGAGAAAAAAGAUAGAGUUACUCAUAUUUGAUUUUCAAUACAAACAUAACCAAUUGAUACAACAAUCAUCACUAGGUCAGGUGUCACCAGGUGCUGUGAUGGGGGGGGGGGGUCUCACCCUACCCCUUUUUUUAAUAUGGUGUCACCCUCUCCCUCUUCUAAUUUAUACAUAUAGCCAUAUAAAGCUUUGAUUUCUUAAAUUUUAUGUUUUUCUGAUUUUGUCUUACCCCUAAAUGAUGUCACCCUG